UACGAGGCAUCACAGAUCACAACACACGCGUUUAGGUGAAGUGCGCAAUGGAGAGGUCCGUCAGAUCCGUGCUGGUGUUCGUGGCUGUUUCCAUCCUCAUCUCGAGCCAUCCUACAGACGCCUGGUACAAGCAGUCCACCGGGCCGAGCUACUAUUCCGUCGGGAGAGCCUCGGGUUUGCUGUCCGGGAUCCGGAGGUCGCCGUAUAUGCGCCGAUCUGAGACAGAAUCAGAGCAGGACAGCAGCGAGACCCCCGGCGUCUCCAACAGCGUGAUGCCCGACUUCAGCAGCAGACAAACUCCAGUCCUUAAAAACAUGGCCAUCUGCGUAAAGGACGUUUCUCCAAACCUACAGAGCUGCGAGCUGGUUGAAGACGGUUCGAGCACAUUUCGGUGCAAAGCAGACGUGUUUCUCUCGCUCGAUUCGCUGGACUGCUUCGGCUCCUGAGCGGAACCCGUCUCUCUCUCUCUCUCUCCCUCCCGACCCGAACAUCUCUUCCAUUUCAGGAGUAUUUACAGCCAAGGCAGGGAGGCGAGGCGCGCUGUUGACAUUGAAUGUUUACUUGAUUUACACCAGGGAUGUUCAGCGCUGCUCCUAAAGAUAUGCUUUCCUGCAAAGUUUAGUUCUGUAUCAAUAAUAAUCAUUUUCAUUCUCAUUGAUAUUGUAAAUCCAUGCAACUUAUUGAGGUCUGUGAAUGUGCGAGACUUCCCAUUCAUUAGUCGCUAUAGGUAAAUACCAGGAACGGCCCGGGAAGAAUGAAAAAAAGUGCUGUAAACGGUAAAAACGGUAUGCGAUACAACCCCAUAUGUUUAUAAUUACGAUACUGCAUUAAAAUAAUAUGAUAAGAUAUGCAAGUUUGCAAUGUCAAGCAGCAUAACUAGCUGUUGUACCGCUCAAAAAUAACCGGAAAUAAGUUUGAAAUGGUUUUGUGAUACACACAAACUCAAGUGAAAUUGGGCACCAAUAGGCCUACAUUAAAAUAUACACUAAAGAGAUUGAUAUUAGUUUAGUGUAUUGGAAAUGCUAUAAGUGAAGUCAAACCGAAUUCAAAUCACUUCCAGUGUGAACACACUUAGUUUCAGCUAUAUUUUGCAGGAAAACAGAUCUCGGAGAGAGCAACUCUGGAUCACACAAUGUGAAGUUAGCGGCUUUAAAUAUAUAAAUGGAAAAAUACAAAAUGGUGGUAUUUUCUGUUCAAUCUGUUCUCCUCUGCG